CGUCACUUCAAGUCCCUCCCUGUUUGAAUCUCAUUAGUUUCUUGUGUGUUUCUCCCUGUCAAUAAUCCCGAAUCCAGACUCUCUCUAUUUCCAUCCCUCUCUAUCUGUCAAUCAGCGCCGCCUUUGAACUGAAAACCACUCCGACCAACUUCAACUCACUCAAUCCGAGCGGCUCGGCUCCUUCUCCGGCUUCCCUUUUCUGCCAAGAUUCCCCCUUCUUUUUUAGUUUUGUUUGGAAAACGCCGAUACACAGCAGCAGCAGCAGCAGCAGCAGAAACUUCCAGCGCGGACUUGCGAGAUCAACCGACAUUAAAAAACUUUGGGCUUUGCCCCCCUUUUCAACCAGUUUCCCUUUUUUUUUUUUCUUCCUUUUUCUUUUUUGGUUUCCUCGGGAAAAAAUGCCGCAGCUCAACGGCGGUGGAGGGGACGACCUGGGCGCAAACGAUGAAAUGAUUUCCUUCAAAGACGAAGGGGAGCAGGAAGAGAAAAUUUCGGAGAACUCCUCGGCAGAAAGGGAUUUAGCAGAUGUCAAAUCUUCACUCGUGAACGAGUCGGAAACGAAUCAAAACAGCUCGUCGGAUUCGGAGGCGGAAAGACGGCCUCCGCCUAGAUCUGAAACUUUCAGAGACAAAACAAGAGAAAGUUUAGAGGAGGCUGCGAAAAGGCAAGAUGGAGGGCUGUUCAAGAGCCCACCGUACCCGGGCUAUCCGUUUAUAAUGAUCCCCGAUCUCACAAGCCCCUACCUUCCCAAUGGAUCACUUUCUCCGACAGCACGCACAUAUCUACAGAUGAAAUGGCCCCUGCUAGAUGUUCAACCAGGAGGUCUUCAAAGUAGACAAGCACUUAAAGAUGCCAGGUCCCCGUCACCGGCACACAUUGUUGGGCCCUUCUGCUGGGAAUUCCCCGGACAGUCAGAUCUGAGCCUUCACCAAUUUCAUUUGUCUAAUAAGGUUCCAGUGGUACAGCACCCCCACCAUGUGCACCCUCUCACGCCUCUGAUCACCUACAGCAAUGAGCACUUCACACCGGGGAACCCCCCACCUCACCUACAGACAGACGUGGAUCCCAAAACAGGAAUUCCGAGGCCUCCACAUCCUCCUGAUAUAUCUCCCUAUUACCCUCUUUCACCUGGCACUGUUGGCCAGAUCCCCCAUCCGCUAGGAUGGUUAGUACCACAGCAAGGUCAACCUGUUUAUCCAAUCACAACAGGGGGUUUCAGACACCCAUACCCAACUGCGCUCACUGUCAACGCAUCCAUGUCAAGUCUUCUGUCCUCCAGGUUCCCCCCACACAUGGUGCCCCCUCACCACAGUUUGCACACCACAGGCAUCCCUCACCCAGCCAUCGUCACACCCAACGUCAAGCAGGAAUCCUCCCAUAGUGACAUUAGCUCCCUUAACAGCUCGAAACAGUCGGAUGCGAAGAAGGAGGAGGAGAAGAAGAAGCAGGUCCACAUAAAGAAGCCUCUGAACGCCUUCAUGCUUUACAUGAAGGAGAUGCGGGCAAAGGUCGUGGCGGAGUGCACGCUGAAAGAAAGUGCUGCCAUCAACCAGAUUCUGGGGAGAAGGUGGCACGCCCUAUCGCGGGAGGAGCAGGCCAAGUACUACGAGCUGGCCAGGAAAGAACGACAGCUCCACAUGCAGCUGUACCCGGGCUGGUCAGCACGAGACAACUAUGCGGCUAACCAACAGGGGAAAAGGAAGAAGAGAAAAAGGGAAAAGCAGCAAGCAGAGAGCAAUGAACACAGAGAAUAUUUUCCAAACCCUUGCCUUUCACUUCCUCCGAUUACAGAUGCAAAUACCCCAAAGAAGUGUCGUGCCUUGUUCGGGCUUGACCAGCUGAGUUUAUGGUGCAAACCGUGCAGGAGAAAAAAAAAGUGCAUUCGCUACAUCCAAGGUGAAGGCAGCUGUGCCAGUCCUCCCUCUACGGACGGAAGCUUACUAGACUCCCCCCCAUCCUCUCCUUCCUCCGUGGUUCCCUCCCCCUCCUCAAAAGAGUCCAAACCUCAGACUGAACAAAUGCAACCUCUCUCACUGACUAUGAAACCGGCCCACCAGCCACUCCACCACCCGCACCUCCUGGCUGGGCCGUCUCUGGGUCAACUGGAAAACUCUGCGGCAGCCGGCAAAACGCCCGCCGCCUCCUCCCACAACGGAGCUCUGGAGCGCGCCGACGUCUCGUCCUCGCGGCAGCCGGGCUCCUCUGUGGCAUCCUCGAUGGCCCGGCCCUCGGCAGCGCUGUGUCAUUCCCGCUCGCUCCACCCCUCCGCAGCCCCCCAGCCUCUAUCGCUAGUGACCAAGUCUAUAGAAUAGUCUGCGCUACUCUUUGUUUUUAUUUUUUUCCUCUUUUAGCUCUGCACUCGCCCUUCUCUGCUCAGCCGUUUUUUUACGUUUCUGUGCCGCGAGGCUCCGAAAUUUUUCGUUCUUUUCUUGAAGUUCAUUGGUCAAUAUUUGACCCCAUCAAUAUCGACAAAGUCUAAUUAUUAUAAAGAAAUGAUACAACGAGCUGUAGUAUAGCUUUAUGAAUCUGCCCAAAUUUUGAUGGAAUUUUAUUUUUGUUUGUUUGUGUCCUUCUUUUUUUUUUGGCAGUGUUCAGCAGCACCAACACCCCAAAACACACAAUCUAGUUCAACAUCGCACUUUCAACGAUGUGUAGUCUUUUUUUUUUUUUUUUUUUUUUGAAGCGGUAGAUUAUUCAGUGAGCCCUGUUCUGGAAAGAGUUGGUUCUUCUUCUUAUUUGUAUUAAAUACGAGCUCUCGAACCAAUCAUUCGACACCUCUUCGAACUCUUGGAGGGCAGGAGGCUGGCUGUGACCCCCUCCCUGAGGAACAACUUUAAUUGUGAUGUUACUUGUUUAAAUGUACAGAAUUGGAAAAACAGGGGAGGGGGGGCGUUACUGUGUUAAAUAUGCAUUCUUCCACUGUCUCUUUUUUUCUUUGUUGUUUACCUUUGGGGUGAAGUCAGGAAAGUUGAGAGCGGGGGGGGGGGGGGUUAAAGGGCGGGUGGGGAGGUGGGAGGGCUAAGGGAUAUUAAAUUCAAAAUUGUCACAACGCUAGGACCAGUAGUAUUUAUUGCUUUAGAAAUUGCUUGUUGUAUCUUGUACGUGUCUCUUUUUUAUUAUUAUUAUUUUAUUUUAUUUUGUUGAAUACAAUGUACAAAUAUUUUUUCUUAAAAUUAAGGAUGGAUCCGUUUUUACAAGGAGGUUAAACCUGUCUGUCGCCCGAUUCGUCCUCACCAAAAUCCCAGGAUUCCGCUCACGCGAAACCUCACCAACAAGAAGUAUGCACAGCUUCAUUUCAAGAAACGCGCCUGUAAAAGCCAUUUUACAAAAAAAAUCAUUAAAAAAAAACACGAAAAAGACAAUAAAACAGCGGCAAGAAAACUUGAAAGCAGACAGUGGGGUACCGUUUGUUCCGUGUCUACAGCCCUUGUUUUUUAUUGCACAGUCCCACCUCAGACUGUAGAUCCGUGUACAGAUUUUCCGUGCCAAAUUUUUUGUGAUUUUUUUUUUUUUUCUCUGCCCCAACCCAAUGCCCCACAUUAAAAAAAAAAAUCUGUAGGGAUCUAUUUUUUGCCUUUUUCUUUCAUUUGUUUUGAUGUCUUUAUUUUAUUUUGAUACCAUUCUUUGCUGUGACGUUACAUAGAUUGCUAUGUAUGUAGUAUAAAUGUUGCUAUAACAAAUGUGUUUGGUAGCAAAAUUGUCAAAUAAAAUUUAAACUUAAUAAAAAGACGGACAUCAUACUGUAUAAACCCACCAGGGCCAAAUUAUGUAUAUUAGGAGGUUCAUAAAAAACUAUUAAAUGCAAAAAAAAAAAUACACAAACUGCCACUUUUAAGUACACUACUGCAUAUAGGUAGAUAGAAAAAAAUAGGCAUGUUGAUGUUGCAAGAGGCUGUAAAAAAAAGCUACAAAAGAAUCAUCCACUCGGUGCCAUUGUAGUUGACAUGACACGACUGUAAUCUGUCGAUUUCUUCUCUGGUUUACUAAGAUGCUAAUGAUAAAUAGUUUGAAUGUUUCCUUAACGGCUGUGAUGUUGCUGUUCUAUUUUAUGCUCUUAUCUUUUUUUUCUUUUUUUUUUUUCGUUUAUUUGUUUUUUCCUGUUAUUUUAAAUGGUUCCAAAACCAUGUUUUUUGUAAUGAAUAAAUGUUUAUGCUGUACAGUCUCUGUAGCAUGCAGUUCUGUAUUAAUAAAAGCAACUUAGUAUGUGCA